ACAUUUUAAAAAAAUGGAUACGUCGGGGCUGCGUCAUGUCGUCAUCAUCGUGCGCUGCUGCGUGGCGUCUGCACCGAUUUGUGUGUCCAUUGUCUGAGCUGGUGGGCAGAGCCGUGUUGGUCCUCAGUUUAGAUCCCGUUUACCUGGUUUUAAACCGAUUACCGCCCAGUUAGUAGAGAGAGAAGGAUUUCUUAACUUUCUCGUCAAGAUGAGCAAAAGGAAGGCCCCGCAAGAAAGCCUAAAUGAGGGAAUCACCGACUUUCUCAUAGAGCUGGCCAAUUAUGAAAGGAAUGUGAACAGAGCGAUCCACAAGUACAAUGCCUACAGGAAAGCUGCCUCCGUCAUUUCCAAAUAUCCCCAGAAGAUCAAGAGUGGCAGCGAGGCCAAGAAGCUGGAGGGCGUGGGCACGAAGAUCGCGGAGAAGAUCGACGAGUUCCUGGCCACGGGGAAGCUGCGCAAACUGGAGAAGAUCCGUAGUGACGACACCAGCACCUCCAUUAACUUCCUCACCAGAGUGACGGGAAUCGGGCCAGCGGCGGCGCGCAAGUUAGUGGCCGAGGGAGUUAAGACCCUGGAUGAUCUGAGGGAAAAUGAACACAAGCUCAACCACCAUCAGCGGAUUGGUCUGAGGUAUUUUGAGGACUUUGAGAAGAGGAUCCCUCGGUCUGAGAUGCUGAAGAUGGAGGCUCUGAUCCUGCAGGAGCUCGAGAAGCUCAGCCCAGACUACAUUGGCACCAUCUGUGGCAGCUUCAGGAGGGGAGCUGAGUCCAGUGGGGAUAUUGACAUCCUGCUGACCCACCCCGAAUACACCUCCACCUCUCCCAAACAGCCCAAGCUCCUGCAAGCAGCAGUGGAACACCUGGAGUCUCUGGGCUUCGUCACGGACACCCUGUCCAUGGGGGACACCAAGUUCAUGGGGGUGUGUCAGCUGGACGAUGAUGAGGAUGGCUCGGACUACCCCCACCGGCGUAUUGACAUCAGGCUCAUUCCCAAGGACCAGUAUUACUGCGGGGUGCUGUACUUCACUGGCAGCGACAUCUUCAAUAAGAACAUGCGGGCCCACGCCCUGGAGAUGGGCUUCACCCUGAACGAGUACACCAUCCGGCCCGUGGGGGUGACAGGCAUAGCUGGAGAGGCUCUCCCGGUGGAGAGCGAAAAGGACAUCUUCGAUUACAUCCAGUGGAAAUACCGGGAGCCCAAGGACCGCAGCGAGUGACGCAGAGAGAGCCAGAGCCCGCAGCAGCGCUGUGUGUGUCUCCGUCUCUCUGCUGUUCUCAGCGCGGGUGUGCAGCUCGGCGCUCCGGGGCUUUUACUUCUGGUGCUGUGUUUUUAAAAUGAGUUUUAAAGGGCUGGAUCGCAGAUCCUGCUUCAUGUAUGUAAAGGAGGCCUCAGCCUUGCUCUGUACGGGCGUUUAUCCUGAGUGGAGAAUAUUCACCAGUACAGGACGGAGGCAGAAGCACAUGUGUGUCCUUUGUAUUUAAUAUUUAACUUCAGUGUCUAUGAAAAGCUACCAGGUUGCAUCUGCAUGACUGGUAAGAACAUCGAUAUUUAGAAUUUAUUUGCGUUCUUGAGCAGUUUUCACUGUAUAUAAAUUGAUUAUAAAGCAAGAAUCAUGAAAGUGAAAUGUGUUGUGACAGUUUGCCACGUCAUCUGCUGGAAGGUACCCAUCAAGCACGUUGUCUCGCAUGACCUGGAUCAAAGCAGACUGGACAGCCCUGGUCCUGGAGGAUCAGUGUGUCUGCAGGUGAAAACAGGCCGGUCUCUUUAAAGCAUCAGCAUGCAAAUGGGCCCAGCUAAGGUGUUAAUUGGUUGUUAAUAACCGUUGGAGUGAAAACCUGCAGACACCCUGAUCCUCCAGGACCAGGACUGUCCAGUCUGCUUUGAUCCAGGUCAUGCGAGACAACAUGCAUGAUGGGUACCUGCAAGCAGAUGACUGCCCGUCCCUAGUCUAGAGCCCGACUGGGUUAGCCCUCUUAAAGGUGUGUCGUUAAAGCCAGCCGAACACUUUUAAGUAUGGACCCGGUCCGCAGUGUCAGUGUGGAUUCAUGCAUGCAAUUAAUGCCCUUUCAGUAAGAGCGAACUCUUGUAUUUAGAUCAUCAUUUAGAUUUAUCAGAGAGGUUUAUCCCAUAUCACAUAUAGGUGACCUACUUCAUCCACCACCGAACUCCAGCCCCACUUCGCAGAAGAUCAGUUGAAUCAGGGGGAAGACUGGGGAAAUCAUAGUGGUCAGACCCAGAGUGGAACUCAGCCUCCUGGGAUUAACACUCCUGUUCUUCUGAAUAGUGCCCUGUAAUUAAGCAGUAAGGUCAUCUGAAAGAUGUAACCUCCAUCGACACAAUGUCCCUGGGUACUGUACUGGGGCAGUGUACCGGGGUAAUGGGUUGGAAAUUCUGGUCCAGAGGGAAAAACCCCACUUACUGAACCAUCACCACCACUUCAAAACACCCAGUUUGAAUCCAUUUAACGUGAUGCGGACUCGGACGUCACCUAAGCAGUAAUUACAGCUGUUGGGAAAUGUAUUGAAAACCAGAGUCCUAAUAAAACAGGUCCUGUGCCAGA